AACUUUGUAGAUUAAAAUCAUCAUUCCAGCGAAUAAAUAUUAACUGGAGAGUCCGAGGCAAAGAUAAAUACACAGCUCUUUGUCUCUCCUCUCCCUAUAUAUGUAAAGUAUAUGCUGGUUUAUCUCUAUUAAAAUAAACAAAAACAAAAAAUAGAGACAAUAAUCCAUCUACGUUAAUAAAUCAGUUUUUAUCUUGGAGGGUAAUUUUUAUUAAUACAAAAACAAAAUAAAAAAAAGAAGCAAAAAUGUCGACAAUUCAAGCAAAUAACUCUAAGAUCACAGUCUAUGUGGUAUCAUGCUGGAUCUUUGCUGCCUUUGGAGGGCUUAUGUUUGGCUAUGAUAUUGGUAUUUCAGGUGGAGUGUCUGGUAUGGAUGAUUUCUUGAUCAAAUUUUUCCCAAAUGUUUACGAAAGGAAGCUUCAUGCUAAAGAGAACAACUAUUGUAAAUACGAUGAUCAACUUCUUCAGCUAUUUACCUCAUCAUUGUACCUAUCAGCUUUGGUUUCUAGUUUCUUUGCAUCCAAGGCCUGUUCAGCUUUAGGCCGUAGGCCUACCAUUUUCAUGGCUUCUCUGUUCUUCAUUGCUGGGGCUGUUAUAAGUGCUGCCUCAGAACACAGAUGGAUGCUCAUUGUUGGUAGAAUUUUGUUCGGUGUUGGUGUUGGUUUUGGAAAUGAGACUGUUCCUCUGUUUUUGACAGAAGUAGCACCAAUCCAACUCAGAGGAGCUGUGAAUAUUAUGUUCCAACUUUUCGUAACAAUAGGAAUAUUCAUAGCAAAUCUUGUGAAUUAUGCAACAUCCAACAUGCACCCCAACGGCUGGAGGGUGUCACUUGGGCUGGCAGCCGUUCCAGCUUUAAUGCUGCUCGUCGGUUGCUUCGUUAUCACUGACACUCCUGCCAGUUUAAUCGAACGUGGCAAAGACGAACAGGGCAAAGCUGCACUAAAGAAAGUCAGGGGAGUUGAUGAUGUUGAAGUUGAAUUUAAGGAAAUAGUUGCUGCUUGUGAACAAGCCAAGGCUGUGAAACAUCCAUUCAGGAACCUCAUGAAGUCUGCCAGUGUCCCACCACUUGUGAUUGCUGUAUUUUUGCAGAUUUUCCAACAAUUCACUGGAAUUAACGCCAUUAUGUUCUACGCACCUGUCCUGUUCCAAACCAUGGGAUUCAAGUCUGAUGGUGCACUUUUGUCCGCUGUCAUUACUGGACUUGUUAAUGUUGGGUCCACAUUUGUUUCAAUCUACGCCGUUGACAAGGUUGGAAGGAGAAAAUUGCUCCUCCAAGCUUGUUGCCAAAUGUUGAUCUCUCAAUUGGCAAUUGGAAUUAUCUUAUCCUUCAGUUUGAAGGAAACAGGAACAUUAGACAGGACACUAGCAACAAUUGUGGUGAUCCUUGUGUGCACAUAUGUUAUGUCAUUUGCCUGGUCAUGGGGACCUCUAGGAUGGUUGAUUCCAAGUGAAACAUUCCCAAUGGAAACAAGGACAGCCGGUUUCGCCUUUGCAGUCAGCACAAACAUGCUUUUCACUUCAAUCAUUGCUCAGGCAUUCUUGACAAUGCUUUGCAAAAUGCAAGCAAAUAUCUUCUUCUUCUUCUCUGGCUGGAUCGUUGUUAUGGGACUAUUCGUCGUCUUCCUAGUGCCAGAGACCAAGGGAGUUCCCAUUGAUGGAAUGGUUGAUGUGUGGAAGAGCCAUCCAGUAUGGAAGAGAUGCUUCAAGAAUGAAUAAGCCAAAAGGGUGUUUAACUUGAUAAUAAUACAUUUUUCAAGGUCUACAAUAUAAUAUAAUUAAUAUGUUAUAUGAUGUACAAAUAAUUACCUCCACCCUACCCUCCUAUGUUUUAAAUUGGUUUUGAAGUCUUUGGUUUGUGAUCUAGCGCUUAAGUUUAUGGCAAUUAUUGCCUACAAUACCUAUCCCACUAUCAGUUGUAAAUUUCUUUUCCUUU